AUGGAGUCCGCCCCACCGGUUGUCAGGAGUGAUAAGCUCUACAAGACCUACUGGCUCUACUGGCGACUCCUGGGCGUCGAGGGCGAGUAUCUAUUGCGCUGGCUGCUGGAUAUCGUAAUCAGCUUUUUUAUCACCUUCUGGAACCCCGUCCAUUUAAUAAUCGGUCUAUUUAAUAAGUCAACGGCGGAAUUGUUCAGGAGCCUGCAUUUUACCACCGAAUGCUUUUUCUGUAGUUUAAAAUUUGUGUGCUUUCGGUGGAAGCUGGCCGAGAUUAAAGCCAUCGAACGGUUGCUCAAGGAGCUUGAUCAACGAGCUGAGAGCGAUGAGGAUCGCCAAUUCUUUGACAGAAAUACAAAGCACAUUCUCUCGAUAAGUUAUUUAGUGGCUGCUGUUUCGGCCAUAAUCACAGGAACAGCCUCUGGGCUGUUUAGCUCUGAGAGAAAACUAAUGUAUGUGGGAUGGUUUCCCUAUGAUGUCCAGGGCAGUUCACUCAUCUUUUGGAUAAGCUUUUGCUAUCAAGCUAUUGCAGCCAGUGUGGCGAUUCUUGAGAACCUGGCCAACGAUUCAUAUCCCCCGAUGACGUUUUGUAUACUCUCAGGACACGUAAGACUCCUGUCGAAGCGCUUGAGUCGUAUAGGAUACGAUGAGAAGGUGACCAUGGCUAUGAAUACAAAGGAACUUAUUGAAAACAUCAAAGAUCACAGCAAAAUAAUGGAGAUAAUUCGUCUGCUCAAGAGCACUCUAUAUUUGUCCCAGCUUGGCCAGUUCAUCUCCAGUGGCAUAAAUAUAUCCAUUACGCUGAUUAAUAUCCUCUUUUUUGCGGAGAAUACCUUUGCCAUCAUCUACUAUUUCGUGUUCUUCGCGGCCAUGCUUAUAGAACUCUUUCCGAGCUGUUAUUUUGGCACCUUGCUGUCCAUGGAGUUUGAUAACAUCACAUAUGCCAUCUUCUCGAGCAAUUGGCCUAGAUCGAAUAGGAGUCACUGCCGAAUCCUGAUUAUACUGAUGCAGUUGGCGGUGGUAAAGGUAAACAUUAAGGCCGGAGGAAUGAUUGGCAUCGGCCUGGACGCGUUCUUCGCCACGGUACGCAUGUCCUACUCCUUCUUCACCCUGGCCAUGUCGCUUCGAUAG